CAUUCAAGCGCGAGGGUCGUUUUCGCGCCAACCAAUAUCAAUCGCCCCUCAUGUUACCGUAAAAUAAACCUUAAAAAUAAAUUGUGAUAGUUUUCCCAUCGUCGUGAUUUCGUGAUCGAUUUGUGUUUAUACGUUUUGACGGCAAAAUGAGAGCGAAUACAUAAUGCCAGUGAAGACAGAAAUAUAUGGACUGAUAUUAUUAAAAAGAAAUCACGAUUGAUAACGAACGAAAUCCCUAUUGAAAAAGGGGCCUAAUGUGCUGAAAACAUUGAUAACAACGGUCUAAUAGUUAUUAACGUUGUAAUAACAGUUGCAGAAACAAUUGAACGUGAUGAGAACGCAUCUGUAAAUGUUAGAGAGGAACAGAGCUGCGUUCCAAAAAUAAAUCGUUCGAAAAUAGAAAAAAAAUGCGCAGCUCGGAGUCAGUGAGCGAGAGAGGGGCGGCGGGGAAGGACGCCGCUUCGUGGUGGGAGACACCAUGGAAAACUAUGGCUGACCUAGCCGAAGCAGUAGACGAUCUCAUAUGCAGUUUCGAUUAUAUGGACACAGCCAUGGACAACUUAGUGAUGUUGGUAUUCAUAUGGAUCCUGUUCUCGAUAGUCCUCCUCGGAAUAGCCAAAUGGGCGUACGGCCGCUUCGGGAAGAAGACAGCAGAUGUAGAAGCUAAGGCAGCAAAGGCGACCGAGGAGAAGAAACUGUCUCCCGCGAACGAAAUAGUUUCAAGCGCUGAUAGCGUGUUAGCGACCAGUGCUAAAGUUAAAAGUGGAACGUUUUUGUCUAAACCUCCAAAGCCUAGUGGUUAUGUGCCAGCGACACCACCAAACAAGCGACGUUUGGGCCGAAUGUCACCCGGCCCUGAGCAGUUGAAUUUAAAAAAACACACCAGCAUUGUGAUACCCACAUGCACUGGACCCGAUGCGCCGAGCGUGCAGUGGGUAAACGAUCUAUUGACGUGGUUAUAUAACGAUCUUGUUAUUGUUAAUGAACUCGUGCAGCGAUGGAUUGUGUCCAUGAACGAAUUCUCGAAGAAGUCCGUCGAGGAGCAAGGCAUUGGCGUCGAGCUGGUGCGUGCCUUGGACAGCCACCCGCCGAGUGUCACCAACGUCUUCUGCGAAUGUGAUUCCAAGGAUGAUGUGACGGUCACAUGUGACUGCGAGGCGACUCCAGCCUUCCAGCUGAAAGCCUUCAGCCAGCGAGGAGAGAAGGUGGAAGUCUCUCAUUACAGGGUUAAUGUGAACAGAUUCCGUGCCCGUCUCAACGUCGUAUGCAUUACGGACAAAUUGACAGGUGAGGUCAAAUGCGACGGUUGGCCUGAGGUCAAAGUGGCCUUAGCUCCUGUGGGACCUCUGAGGCCGAAUGCGACCGAGAGUAACCUCCAGGCUGCUGUCAGUGAUAUAGUAGUUAGCGCGCUACGGAACACGCGUUUGGAGUUCAACCUCUCCCAGUACCCCACGUGUCCGAGGUUGAGGAGACAUUUCGAGACCCCAGGGCCCAGACUGCCCCUGCAUUAUGACUCUAUGCUACAAAAUGACAGACAGAUGUACACCUCUACUCCGAACUCAACAUCUAGUGGACACUUACUCGGCGAGAAACGAUUGUUGGUCAAAGUCGUUAGCGCUAAAGAUUUAGGAGGCAAAUCCGGCUGCAUAGCGCCAUAUUGCGUGGUCGAAAUGGACGAGCCUCCUCAGAAGAAUCAGACGGCCUUCAAAAAGGACACGACCAGUCCACAAUGGGAGGAGCACUUUUUAUUCGAUCUGUCUCCACAAACAGCCGAGCUUCUUUUCGAAGUGUACGACAGGACAGGACCACCUUCUCCUGGCGGAGGAUCAGCUCAGCACCGAUUCCUAGGUCUAGGUCUGGUGGGAAUAGACGAGCUGCUGGCGGCUCCCUCCCAGCGCCAGCAGAUCGCGCUGCAGACGCGGCCCAUGGAGAAGCACGACGUCUCCGGGACCCUCACCGUGGAGUUCCUGUUCAUCGAGGGGGCUGAUAUCCCGCAGCUGGGCUCCCGCCCCGUGAAGAUCAAGGAGAGUCUCCGCACGGUGUCGCCCCAGGGACUCCUCACCACCACCACCAAGACCACGUUCAAGCAAAACGGUCACGACAACAGCCAACUAACGGAGUCGGCGUUGAGAGAGUUAGAACUGAGUCCGGCUAGUGCCGCUAACAAGUCAACAUUGAUCAUACAUUCUGUACAAAGGGAGCCCAAAAAAUCUAUCAAGGUCGAACUAACCGAUUCCGGCAAAUUUAUCGAAGUGGAACGCGAGGAGACACAGAAAACUGAGCAUAUAGCGACCACAGAUAAUGUAGAAAUCACCAAAGACAAACCAAAAACAUCGACGCCCAACGCGUCGCCGGCAAAAAGUGUGAGAAUAAAAGAAAAUGGCGCCAAAAUGAACGGUGACAAGGACGCGCAAGGCGACUACGUACAGAAAUCCGAAAACGCUCCCCCCGAGCCCGCGCCGCGGCAAAAGCGGAGAAGAGACUUCUUUGGCACCAUUAAAAGAAGGCUAGGUCGCUCCCGCACCCGCGGCCAAUCCCUUGAUCUGCCUGACUCCGACGUUGACAACCAGAGUCAUAUCAGAAGCGUCAGUGCCGAGAGAAAUAGUCAUGAUAAAGCGUUGUCCGUCCCCAACAGAAACGUGUACUCUGCCGGCGCGUCGCCCGCGCAGUCCGGCGACGAGUCUAGGACGUCUAGAAGUGAAGUAUCCGGAUUCAGUACAGCAUCAGCUCGGACCUUCAUUCACGAAGCGUCCACGCUGGUGCUGGAGACGAUAGAGGCGGGCAUCAAGAAGCAUUACCUGGUGCCGCUGACAGUGGCUCAGAGGUCAAAAUGGCGGCGGAAGGGCGUCAAACUGCACAUUUACAAUGAGCACACGUUCAUUGCUAAACAUCUGAGCGGCGGCACCGUGUGCUCCGUGUGCAACAAGACGAUCGCGCGACGACUCGGCAAGCAGGGCUACGAGUGCCGCGACUGCGCGCUGCGCUGCCACAAGCACUGCCACGUGGCCGUCGCCGGCGCCUGCGCACGCUCCAGCGUGCACAGCAUGGAGCUGUCAUACAUCUCAUCUCCGUAUACCGACAGAAAUAUAAGGAUGUUGUGAUCUUUCAAGAUAUAAUAACGCUUAAUCAUGCACAAAACCUUGCAAAAUUACUACUUAAAUAUAAAAAAAAAUCGAUAUACAUAUAACAAAAUCUCUCUAAGUACAACAUUUAUGUACGCUACUAUACGGUACAUGUAAUAGGCUUUUUUACAAAUACAUGUAAUUAUACGUUACUAGAUUUAAGAAUAAAAAUAGAUACUCUGAAACGCUGAAUAAUAAUAAUAAAAAACAAUAUAAAUAUAUCCGCUUCGACUGUAUUGGCAAAUGUUAGAGUUAGUAUAGAUAUCGCUAGAAGUCCAUAAAGCAUCCCAGGAAAUAUAACUUUUUGAAAUUUAGCUUGACGACGUCAAGUCUCUUUUUAUGGAGCAACAUUUGAUAAGAUUUCUUUUUUCGUCAUUAGACUUUUAAAACAAAGAAUCUCAAUUAAAAAAAUAAAAAGUGUAAAAGCAGUAGAUAUGUUUCUUAAUAAUGUAAUUUAUUUUUUUCAGUGGCAUGUAAAAGUUUAUAUGACUUAUAAAAAUAUUUUAAAUUACUGCUCGAUAAAAAUUUGCUUGAAUGGAAAAAUAAAGGACGGAAAAUAUAAAAAUAUAUCUCAUGUCUCACGACCAAGUUAAGUUUUAAGCAUUGUACGUUUUUUUGGCAUAUAUCACAAUCUACUCUGACUGUAACAAUAAAACUAAGAGGUUUCUUUUUAAUAAAGAUCUCUUCCUCAUUUAUUAAUUGUUACAAAUAUAUACAAACAAGUUGUAUAAAAUAAUUAGACACAGUUACCAGAAACUUUUACCGUUUUUUGUUACUUAAUAUACUUUAAAAUUAAUAAUGAUAUUAUUCGAUUAUUUAUUUUAGUUUAAGUGCAUUUGCACAAGUGGUUUUUAUGUUUAUGUGCAAUACUUUGACUAAAUACUUAAUGCUUGGAGCUUUGAUAUUAAAAGAAGAAAAAAUAUUAUUAAAAAUAAAACUUGCCCGUUUUUUCAAUAUCCAGUUGGUAGAUUUUACAUCAAAUGUAGAAAUGACACUGAUAUGAAGUAAGUAUGAGUAGAAUUUACUUAGAAAUUUCAAUAUUUUGGGUGCUUAUUUGAAGCGGACUAUAGUUGAAAGGAUAUUCGUUACAAAGAGAGAUAUUUACCGCACAAAAACCGCAAAUAAAUUGUUUAACGUAUUUUGUACCGCUUCAUGUCAGUGAUAUUGUUUGUAUGCGAGUGAUUUUUUUUUAGAAUGGCUGCCAUUUAAAAAAAAUGAAUUGUUUGUUUGCUACAAAUAUUUUGUGAGAAAUUUAUUUAUUUAUUAUAAAUACUUAAACAAUAAAGCCAAAUAAAAAUAAUCUCUAGCAAGUUCUUAAAAACUAUUACAUUCUAUGUCUUAUUGUUUACUUUCCUUAAAAAACCGUAUUACUAUUUUUUUGAAAAAAAAAACAGUGCCAUUUGUUAAUUCAAAAUAUUGUUUUCCUAUUAUGAAAUAUUACUUCAUAUUAAAAUUUUAACAAAAUAUUUGUAGCUUAUAUCGUGUAAUUUUCACUUAAUAAUAAAAUAAUAGACAUGACAAAAACGUAUUUGUACUCUUCUACUAAGAUUGUUAACGCAUAAUUUUAUGUGGUUCCGUAAAUUAUUUAUAAAUGUUGCGCAAUGUGUUUUUGUCUGUAAUUUUAUUUUCCUCUUUUUU